AUGGUUACAAUAGCCGCAGUGCCUCUUGUCAUAGGCGAGGUCGACACAUUCCCUUCGACAGCACGUCUCAGUAAACGCGCAUUUCCUCUUGCAGCCUCCACAGUUGUUGUGGUCGUAAUUUAUGUCGAUGCACUUGUUGUUGCAGCACGUCGUGUUCUGUCCCGUCACGCCCGAGAGGUAGCUGCAGAUCUCGUUUUCUCGAUUGCAGUGAUCGGCCGCCUUACGGUUUUUCGCUCUCUGCUGCAGAAAACGGGCGGCCAGCCUUCCGGAAGGUGGCUGGGAGGUGGCGGCGGCUGGCGGCGGAGGAUUUUUGGAGUUGGUGGCAGUGAGGGUUACGAUGGCGACUACGAACAAGAAGGCUUAUCAUCUUCAUCUCUUCCGUCUUCGCUCUUCCCAACCCCCAACGGCCAAAUUCAGUCACUUCAGCAUAUUAUUCUCGACUCUCAUCCCAAAAUUCAAACGAAUCCGAAAGUCUCGCAGGAGAACAGAACUGAGGUGUGA